CACACAAUCUCCUGGGAAAGGAAAGCAACUGCCAUGACGCCGUUUCCGAGUGGUUGCUGGACCUGCAAACUCAGACAUCGGAAAUGCGACCUUCGGACCCCCGUGUGCGGAGAGUGCAAAGACCGAUGCAUUCCGUGCCACGGCUACGGCCCCAAGCCCGUGUGGAUGGAUGGGUCAGCUGCCGAGAAACAGAAGCUUAUUCGCAUCAAGAAGGCUGUCAAGCGGAAUGCUCAGGAUCUACGACGAGCCAAGAAGAGUAAUCGGCAAGCAGUGAGGGAGGCAACACCUACUGCUAGACAAUCUCCGCCACAGACAUCCCUAGCCCAAGACGCCACUAGCCUUUCGUCUCCUUCGCAGCCAGGGCAUGUUGCAGACCAUGGCAGUCUUGGCCUCAGGCAUUCCAACAGCCCAGAGCGUCUUCACCUGGGCCUCGAACGUACCCAAAGCUCGGUCCAAGAUGAAACAAGUCCACAAGCUAGCCUAAGUUCAGAGCAUUCGACUCCCUCAUGUGUCUUACGGCCCGAAUUGGCAUCUCUAAUCAUGUACUAUCUGGAUCAUGUAUUUUGCUGGCAAUUCCCUUAUUUCAGCCCCCGUUCCCGUCUAGGCAAUAGAGGAUGGCUCCUCUUGUUCCUCAGCAACGGCGGUUCCCUGUCUCACGCUGCCCUGGCGCUCUCCGCCCUGCACCGAAAUGCACUUCAAGUCUCUCGACAGCAGGGCUACCUUCAUAACCAAGAAGCCUUCGAAUAUUACUCAAGGGCUUUAAGGGAGCUAUGCGAGUUUUCGCGCCGCACUGAGACCGAGACGCUACUCAGCGAUAAGCCUAAACUUGCGGAAUUUGUCGCUGCAAGCAUGACGCUGAUAAGUUUUCAGGUUUUCAACGGCGCAGAAUAUGACUGGCUUCCUCACCUCGAUGCCGUGAUGACUGUUCUCAGCAUGAAUUCACCGGAAGCUCUUCUUAGAAAUUCCUCAUCCUCCGAUAACACAUUGACUUCUCCAGUGAGCAUGAACUGCGAAAAUAGCGGCGAAGAAUCCCAGCCGGAUUUCGAUUUCCUUGUAACUCAAGCAUUAUGGUAUGACAUCCUGGCAUGUGCCUCGACAGGUCGAGUGCCGCGGAUUCCAUAUCAACAAUGGCUCGAAGGGUCAGAUCUUGACAUGGCCGACUUGAUGGGUUGUUAUAACUGGGUUAUGAUUGCAAUCGGUGACCUCGCGCAUCUCCAAGCCUGGAAAAAAGACAUGAAGGAACAAGGGACGUUGAGCGUACCAGAGUUAGUGAUGAAAAGUCGAAACAUUGAGACGAGACUACAAAAUGGUAUUGUGGAACUAGAGUUGGCAGACAAGGGCGAUACCGAAAUUCCUCAGGCGACAUGGGUCUCGCACAUCUUCGCCCUGGCAUCGCUGGUCCUAUCAAGCACUAUAGUCUCAGGCCCUUGGGCAUCUCUUCCCGAAGUCAAGGAGACGGUUGCAAAGGCCGUUGAUGUGCUUCGGGGCUGGCCCCGGGCCAUUCCACUCCAGGGUCUCGUUUGGCCUCUCUACAUCAUUGGGUGUAUGGCCGAUGCCGAGCAACAAGGCUUCUUUGAGUCACUCCUGACCAAUCUCAUUAAAGAAUGCGGGGGUUUCGGAAAUAGUGGCACUGUGCUUAAGAUCAUGAAGAGCUGCUGGGCUUUGCAGCAUCGUAAUCGAAAUGGGGCGGAGUUGGUGCUUCAGACGGGAGGUCGUGUAUUGCUGAUAUGAAUAACCCAAAUUAUUGAACAUGCGCCAUGUCAUUUUCUGUCUAAUAGGCGAUGGUCUUAGUUUCUUCUGGCCAAAGUGAAGUCUCCUCGGAAAGCAUAAUGGUAGUAUGUGGAAGUCUAACCUGUAUCUGCAGUAGCGUGCGUCUGUGGCGAAACCUGAAAGUGGGGUACACUCGGCUUAAUGUGCAUUCUGGGAGGGCAAGUGGAAGCGCCGACAGCUGUGAAACUUAGGAAAAAGUCAACUUGUUUGCUAUUAUUUAUUAGCCCCAUGUUAUUCCAGCUAUUCUCUUUUAUUUGCUUCUCAAACAC